AUGGCUCAAUCUAACCGGACGUCGAAGAGAUUCUCGACUGUGAGCGGGAGCCCCUCGGUUGCGUCAUCGGAUCUCUCGAGUCUGCCCAGUGGGGAUCCCCGACUGGCCGACUUUCACCAUCUGCGGGACGGCUUGGAGCGAUUGGAGAACAAGCCCCUGCUGAAGCAGCGCUUCGUUCCCACGCCCGAGAAGAGCGACAACCUCAGCAAAUUGGCGCUGGGAGCGAAAGUCGAGCGCGCCCUCGACCGAAGAAUGACAGGCCAGGAUGCCAUCAUGCGCGAGCCCACCUUGAAUGAGAAGGCCGUUGUCGACUCGACUGCGUCCCCUUGA